AUGAGGUUUUCACCAAAUGAUAUGCACAACUUAGAACUUGCUGUAGAAAAAUGUUUUGAUAAAUUCAGCAUUGAUGAAUUAGCCAUCAUUUCAAUGGGAUUUUUUAAGAGCAAAGUUCCUGUUAGGAACUUUAACACAAUUUCAAGGAUUAUUGAUAAAAUUCUAGAGAAUCCUUCUGCAGUUCACGAAGUUUCUCUUGCUGCAUUAUUAAAGGUUAUUCGUUUAUCAAGGAAGAUCCCAAUUGAUGAUAAAAUAUAUGAUUUACUUGAAAAACUACAAUGUGAAGUAUCACGACUAUCUAUAAUGUGCAAUGUCCAUAUAGCCUUACUUUCCUGCAGUACCCUGACAUUACAUGAAGGCUGCUUAUUAAAAAUUGCAGAAGUUGUUCUAAAAAAUAUAACCAAUGCUAGAAUAAAAGACUUCGAACGGUUAGUACUUACUUUUGGGACAUUUAAUCUGCUUCCACAAACACCGGACAAUUUUAUAGAGAAAGUAAUUGAUGAAUUAAGAAAACCAUAUAGGGAACAAGAGAUAUUGACCCAUGGCCGUUCAUUUGCUUGUUGUAUAGCCCACCUUGGCCUCUCCGGAUAUUAUCCUCUGGAUCUUAUUGAAAAAACUUUAAAUAAGCCAUUUUUAGAACAAACUUAUGGAAAAUAUUGUUUGUCAUAUGGAAGAGAAAUACUGUCACUAAAUAACUUUGUUAAAAUAUUUCAUAAAAAUGCCAAUAUAGAUCUCAGUGAUAAGGAAUCUUUAACAUUGGCGAAGAGAUACACUGACUAUUUACCAGACGAAAAUUAUGCUAAGCAGUAUAAUGUUACAGAAAAGCUGUACAUGGAUAUUAAGAGAGUAAUUGAAAGUGACAGAGGUGCCAACUAUGUUGUAGGACAUCACAUUGUUACACAUCAUCAACGAGGAGAUUUAAUAAUAUGUGACGAUGUCAACAACAGACCAGUUGCAGUGCAAGAUGUAUUUAGUAAUAUAAAAUUUGGAACACUUUGUUCAGCUCCAAAUGAUAAUAAUAUUUGGAUAGCCUUAAUUGUAGUAGGAAGAAAUGGGAUGCUUUACAAAGACAACAAACCAAGUGGUCAUUUUCUAUCAAAAAUCAGAGAGCUCAAUGCUCUAGGAUUUAAAGCCGCACCAGUAUGUUGGACGUAUUAUUCAGAAUGUAAAACACAUGAAGAAAAACUUAAAUAUAUAAAUACUGUUAUAAAAGAGGCAAAGUCUAUAAGAUAA